AUGUCUGAUCUCCCUGAAUCUUUCGACCGUGAGAAUAUCCCGAGGCCUGUCCAUAUCGCCGUCAUAGGUGGAACAGGACUCUACAAGAUUGACGGUUACACGCCCAUCGCCCGUGUUAACCCAUUAACGCCUUGGGGGUAUCCAUCCGCGCCCAUCCUGAUUCUCGAACAUAGCGGCGUCCUUGUCGCAUUCCUAGCCCGUCAUGGUGCUCACCACCAAUACGCGCCUCAUGAGAUUCCUGCCCGGGCCAACAUUGCAGCUCUGCGACGAAUUGGCGUGCGCAGCGUUGUUGCCUUCUCUGCCGUAGGUUCCCUACGCGAAGAGAUCAAGCCUAUGGACUUCGUUGUGCCGGACCAGGUUAUCGACCGCACUAAGGGCGUUCGUCCAUCUACCUUCUUCGAAGGUGGGCUUGUCGGCCACGUCCCCUUCGGCGAUCCCUACGACGACAAGAUUGCUCAGAUUGUACGCCAGUGCGCAAAGUCUAUGCAGGGUGACGGUGUGGUAUUGCACGGCAGUGGAACUGCCGUCUGUAUGGAGGGCCCUCAGUUCUCGACACGAGCCGAAUCGAACCUGUACCGCUCUUGGGGGGGUUCGGUGAUUAGCAUGUCGCUGCUGCCGGAAGCUAAGCUAGCGAGAGAGGCAGAGAUGGCGCUCCAGGUCAUUUGCAUGGCUACAGACUAUGAUUGCUGGCAUACUACCGAAGAUGUCGACGUAUCCAUGGUUAUGCACUAUAUGGAAACUAACAGCAAAAAUGCGCGGCGGCUAGUUGGUGCCGUGCUAGACGAGCUGUGCAAACACGAGAAUAGCGACUUGGUUACCGCCAAGCAUUGGGAGGGUGCCAGCAAGGGUGCUGUGAUGUUUUGCACCAAGCCUGAGGGCCGGAACCCCGAGGCAUUGAAGAAAGUCCAAUACCUAUUCCCGGGCUUCUUAGAAGAGUGA